AUGAUACCAAACAUCUCUACUCCAGAUAAUGAUAUAAUUGUGGGUUUCAAGAAGGAAGAAAAAACUAUCAUAAAACAUCUCAUUCGUGGGUCAAAGGAGAGAGAAGUUAUUUUAAUUACUGGCAUGGGCGGAUUGGGAAAGACAACUUUAGCAAGGAGAGUGUAUAAGGAGAAAGCUGUAGUCAAUCACUUUCACAAGCGUGCCUGGUGUACUGUUUCUCAAGAAUAUGAUUGUAAGGACUUGUUGAACAAAAUAUAUAAUCAAGUUUGUAGCAAGGUGGCAGAGACCGAGAUUGAUAGUGUAGCCGAAAAGCUUCGCAAAAGCCUGAUGGGAUUGAGAUACCUUAUAAUGUUGGAUGAUAUUUGGAGUGUGAAAGUAUGGGAAGAGUUGAAUAUAGUUUUUCCCUCAUGUGACAAUGGAAGCAGAAUUAUUUUAACAAGCAGACAAGAAAGUGUGGUUUCUGAUGCCAAACUUAUUUGUCUUCCUUUCUUCACUAUUGAUGAGAGUUGGAAAUUAUUGGAAGUGAAGUUAUUUAAAGGGAAGGGAUGUCCUAAAGAGCUUGAAAAUGUUGGAAGAGAAAUAUCUAAUAAAUGUAAGGAAUUGCCUUUGACAGUUGGUUUGAUAGCGGGUCUUCUUGAAAAAGUUACAAAGAGUGAGCAAAUGUGGCGUGAAUUUCUUCUUACUCUAAACUCCCAUGUUACUUUUGCAGACGGAAUACAAAGCAAUGAUGCGAUAGAGCUUAGUUACAUGUAUUUAUCAGAUCAUUUGAAACCAUGCUUACUUUACUUUGCUUCAUUCCUUGAAGAUGAAAGAAUUGAAGUUUCAAAACUAAUAGAACUAUGGAUAUCUGAAGGAUUCAUCAUAGGAAUGACAGAGAAAGGGAGAGUAGAAGAUGAGGCAGAAGAUUACUUAAACCAAUUGGUUAGAAGUAACCUAAUUAUGGUGUCGGGAAAGAAUUAUGAUGGUCGCAUCGUAUCAUGCAUGGUUCAUGAUUUGGUACGUGACUUUUGCUUAACAAAAGCUAGAGAAAAAAUUUUCUUAGAGAUAAUUAAUAUGGAAAAGGAGUGGGAUCCAACUCUGAAGUUUACCCCAUAUCGAAUAUGUUUCCAUAUGCAUUCGACAUCUGAUAAUGCUUCUGAAUUGGUACCACGGAAUUCUUCUAUUCACACAGUUUUAGUUUUCCAUUGCUAUACGCCCUUUUAUAAUGCCUCAUGGAUUGCUAAAAAAUUUGAACAUCUCACAAUCUUGGAUUUAGAGGCAAUCCGUGUGUACCAAUCAUUUUUGUCUGAAGUUAGCUUACUAACUCAUCUAAGUUGCAAUAAGUCUUGCAUGGAGAAAUCAAGAUCAGUUAUGAUUGAAGCAAUUCCUGCUUGUUCAAAAGAAUUGCAAACCUGGAUGCCUUCUAGUUUUGAUGAUGUUUCAACAUUGAAAAGGAUCAUUGCGUUCAAUUGCAAUCACUCUGUUGGCUCUUGGCUGGACAACAUUAAGAAAUCUGCAUGGGAUAUAGGAAACGAGCAACUCGGAGUCGAGGAGAGACUCUGUAAGUGA